GCUAUUUUUUUUUAAUUUUAGUACACAUUUCUAGCCUAUUUAUCUAGCAUUUUAUAUCAACAGAAAUCCAAAUGUGACGAAUCAAGAGACUUGAGCGUUCUCAUCAUUACGAAAGUGCGGAAAUGUAUGUGAUGUCUACCUUGAGAUUGGAAGUUAAUUCUACGAGCGAUAGUUUAUUUCUGGACACUCGCCAGAGAGUAUCAGUGUAGAAAACUCACCUUCGCUUUUACUUGUAAACACCUAACUUCGCCUGAAUAGGACCGAAAAAAAUAGUUAUUUAAAGUAUAUGUAAUAGUUAUUUAAACGACAAGUAUAAUAAAGAAUAACCUUCAACUAGUCAAUAGUCACAAAGACCGUAAUCAGGCAAAUAUAGACCACUUUAUCACAAUUGUAUUCGUCAGUUCUUGCUUCUGUUCGUGCAAAGAAACAGUUUACGUUAUAAAUAUUCCGUUCACAAUAUUUCUGUACCAUGAUUACAACACACAAGAGUAUACGUAUUCUGGCAAAUAUAUUACGGCUUCUUCUACAAAUUCUUUAUUAUAUCUAUGAAAGCACGUAUAACAGCUUAUUUAAAUUACAGGAGAAGAGCGUGGCUGGCGAAAUUGUUUUGAUAACAGGUGCAGGUCAUGGUAUAGGAAAAGAGUUGGCGGCUCAAUAUGCGAGUUUAGGAGCAACAGUUGUGUGUUUAGAUAUAAAUCAGCAAUUAAACGAAAAGACGGCAAAUGAGAUCAAGAAAAUCGAGAAAAGUCCAAUAUAUACAUAUCAAUGUGACGUAUCCAAUAGAGAACAAGUUCUUGAAGUAGCUAAAAAAGUGAAGGAAGAAAUCGGUGAUGUCACUGUUUUAAUUAAUAAUGCCGGUAUAAUGCCUUGUCACACAUUCCUGAGUUACACAAGCGACCAAAUCAAGCGACUUUUUGAUAUUAAUAUACUAGCACAUAUUUGGAUGUUACAAGCAUUUUUACCAAGCAUGAUUGAAAAAAAUCAUGGUCAUAUCGUUGCACUCUCGUCGAUAACAGGACUUGUAGGAAUUCCUUAUUUAGUGCCUUAUAGCGCUACAAAACAUGCAGUCAAAGGUUUUAUGGAAGCGCUUAAAGACGAGUUACGAGUAUGUACUCAAGGAAAAUCUUUAAUCAAAUUCUCUACCAUUUACCCUUAUAUGGUAGAUACGGGACUUUGUAAAAAACCAAAAAUAAAUCAAUUGUUUUCAAAUUUUCUGUCAUUAAGUACGCCAAAAUAUGUAGCUGCACAAAUAAUUAAUGCUCAACGGCGAAACAUUUGUGAAGUAACUAUCCCAUCAUUCUGGUCAUUACUUCUUCCAGUUGUUAGAAUUUUACCUGCGAAAGCACAAGACAAUGUAAGAGAUUUUUUGGACAGUGGUGUCGAACCAGAGAGUUAAUCAAUAUGAAAAUUGUUCAAUUUAUUAAAUUUUCGAAAAUUUAUAAACGAAUCAAAUCAAAAGUUAUACAUAAUACAAUUAUAUCAAUUUUUUGAUACAUUACUGUAUUGUAUUUCA